CUUUGAGCGGGAAACAUCUUCAGCCCUGGCCUGAGAGCAAGCCUAGGGCGAAGUCGGCUAACUGCUCCUUCUUAGUCUUGUCUCUGGGGGGGCAACAGACCCUGGAGGCGGUCGCCCAUUGGCUGGGCCGCGGGCCAAUGAGGGGUGCGAGAUGAGGGGCCUCCUGGGCGUGGGCGUGGGCGGGGCGCCGGCGGCCGGUGCCUAGUCGCGAGGCGCGGGGAGCAAUGUAACGGCCUCUUCGUCGCACCGUCUCGGCUCGGCCCCCCACCCACAGAGCGGCUCCUGGCAGCGCCGACGGCGGCUGCGGCAGCGGUAGCGGUGGGGUGCGGGCUGAGGGAGCUGGGCCUCGACGUCCUCCCUCACCCCCGUACCCCGGGAGCUGUUAACUAGCUCAGGAGGAGCUGGGGGGCCCCCAUGGAGCCGAAGGUGGCGGCGGCCGCGGCGGCGUUCCGUGGAAGCGCGAAUCGGUGCUGGAACCUCAGCGUCGACACCAGCAAUAGAUUAUCCGACGUCUUCAACAGCAUGAUGCUGACCGGCUCGGCGCCCUUCUAUGAUUGCUACAAGUCUCAGAACGAAGACAAUGUAGACCUAAGGCAGACCUGCACUCCACUCUCCUCAUCAACAGAGUAUGCAAGUUCUAUAGACUCCUCACUCUUCUAUGCACCAUGGUCUACUUACGGAGACGAUAUUAAACAACCUCCCAGUUCUCAGAUCAGUGUAAAGAACAGGAUUCAGACCGAAAGAAAUGACUAUGGCAGUGAAACAGACUUAUAUGGACUCGUGUCUAACAUUUUGGAAGAACAGGAUAAGUCGCAGCCAUAUUUUGCUGAAGGGACCUGCUCCUCCAACUUAAAGUCAGUUUGGCCAAUGAACACAAGCAGAUUUGUAGAUCACCAUGACCUCUUAACAGAACCCAAAAGGCCAGUAGAUACAUCUAUCUCUCAGCAAGCGUUUUAUAGUGGUGAAUCUGUGUCAGCAGUGGAAAAGCAAUACUUGCAUAAUAGUUCUCUCACACCACAGCAAAAAAUAGAUGAGCUUUAUCAUGGUUAUACUGGUUUAGACCUUGAAGAACAAUGGCUGUACCUUUCAAGAAGUGAUCAUUCUAACUGUUACAAUAGUCAGGCUAAUGAUACAGUUAAGGCAACUUUCCAAGAAUAUCCAUUUGUCAAAAACUGUUUUACACCACAGACUGGCCUGUCUGAUAUCAUGAAAGAAUCAGGAAUUGAUACUUAUGCCUAUGGAAGAGAGAAAAUAUGUACUAAAGGUCUUGAAACACCAUUACAGCAUAAAAGGGCAGAGAUAUUUCUUUCCCAAUUUAAUAGAUAUAAUGAAAAUGCAGAUUAUUGUAGAUAUCCAGAAUAUGCUCAUCCUAAUAAGGCAAAGCUUAACAAAUGUUCAAAUUUUAGUGUCCAAGAUGGUAAAAAGUUAGCCAAUGGCACACCUGAGACACCAACUGUGGAAGCAGAUGCCUAUACGAAGUUAUUUCAAGUUAAACCAGCAAAUCAGAAAAAAAUGGAGGAGACAAUACCUGACCAGCAGAAUUUUGCAUUUCCAAAAACAACACCACAUCUGACAGAAAAACAGUUUGCAAAGGAAGCAGCAUUCACUGCUGAUUUUGGCUUAAAAUCAGAAUAUGGACUAAAGCCUCACACAGCUUGUCCAACUAAUAAUGAUUUUGCUAAUGUCUCUGAAAAGCAACAGUUUGCUAAGCCUGACCCCCUAAACUCUGAAUAUUUUAAAUCAGUGAAUUUAUUCUCAAAUUCAGCAACAUCUUCAGGAGGUAUCAGUUUAAACAGACCAACUUGGAUGAAUGUUCAAACAAAAAAUAACCUUCCUAUUCCUUAUCGAAAUCAAGGUAACUUGAUGAAAUUGAAUAGUCAUUUAAGUGCAGCUUCAAAAGGUUCUAACCACUCUUCAGAUUUUCCCCAACUUUCAUCUACAAAUUUAACUUCAAAUAGCAACUUAUUUCAGAAGUAUUGCCAAGAAAACCCUUCAGCAUUUUCUAGUUUUGAUUUUAGUUACAACGGUGCAGAAAGAAUUCAGUCUGUGAAUCACAUGGAAGGACUAACAAAAACCGGAGAAGACAAUCUCUUUGAAUCAGUUACAGAGAAAAAAAUAAAGCAGCCAAAUGGAUUUUGUGAUAGCUAUUCAGCUUCACAGUAUGGGAUAAUAGAAAAUGUAAACAAACAUAAUUUUCAAGCCAAGCCCCAGAGUGGACAUUAUGAUCCUGAGGACAUUCCAAAGCAUUUUGAUGGCUUACCUCAAAAUACAUAUCAAGAUCUGUUAGAGUCACAGGGUCAUUUUAAUAGCCACAGACAAGGAAGUGGAGACAACAAUAUUAAUAGCCGUGUGAAUCGCACACAGGCCUCAUGCUUUUCUAAUAAUUAUAUGAUGGGAGAUUUACGACAUAAUCAGGGUUUUCAACAACUUGGUUCAAAUGGGUUUCCCCUAAGAUCUACCCACCCAUUUGGCCAUUCAGUUGUUCCACUGUUGGAUUCCUAUGAUUUGUUUUCUUAUGAUGACUUAAGCCAUUUAUAUCCUUAUUUUAAUGACAUGAUGUAUGGUGAUAAUUCCUUUUCUGGUUUUGUGCCAACUUUUGGAUUUCAAAGACCAAUUAAAACCCGUAGUGGACCAGCUAGUGAGCUUCAUAUUCGUCUAGAAGAGUGCUAUGAACAAUGGCGAGCAUUGGAAAAGGAGAGAAAAAAGACUGAAUUAGCCCUUGCCAAGAAUUAUCCAGGAAAAAAAGUAUCCAGUACUAAUAAUACUCCAAUUCCAAGACUGACUUCCAACCCAUCUAGAGUUGAUCGGUUAAUUGUGGAUGAACUUCGAGAACAAGCCAGAGUUGUGACUUUACUGGGCAAAAUGGAACGUCUUCGAAGCUCUCCCCUUCAUGCUAAUAUCUCUACUGCUCUUGAUAGACACUUGGAGUCAAUUCACAUUGUACAGUCACGUAGAAAGGAUGAAAUUGUUAAUGCUUCAAAUCGGCAAAGACAAGGAGUGCCUAGGUGCCAAGAUGACAGAGAUGUGUUUGCCCUUGCUACAGCAAUUAAAGAGAUGUGUGUAGCUACUCGAAAAGCACGCACUACCCUAUGGUGUGCACUGCAGAUGACCUUGCCCAAAACAGCAAGUACAGCGGGCCAAGCUGACAUGGAAAAGGCUUUCCAAGAUCUAGUAAACUGUGAAGAGAAAGUCCAUGAAAGCAUAAAUAGUAGCAAUCCAAUGAACCAGAGAGGUGAAACAAGUAAACAUUAAGGAAAUGCCAGCAGAAGGAAGAGUUUAAAAGCUGUUAAGUAAAUGUAUCAAGAUGUGCUAAAAUUUUUAAUGAACUUGUCAAACUUUCAGUCCAUUAAUUUUCUUUCAGAUUUAAAGUUAAUACUUCAAUGAAGUCUAACUUCUAUUUAAAAAUCUGCUUGGAAUGAAUCAGAUACAGUUUAAAGGGAACUCAAAGGUAAAGUUGAUUAUUCUAGGAGUUCUGAGUAGUCACAAAGAUAGCAAGUUUAUUUUAUAAAAUAUCCCCUUACAGCUAAAAAUUGCUUAAAUCCAUUCUUCAGUGCAGGUAAAUGCAAAUGUGAAAUUCUUCUAGGAGAUAAGUUUCAUUUAGUUCUGCCUUAGUAAGUGUAAUUCCAAAUAAUGAGUCUAAGUGACUGUAACCCAAUUAUGGCUACAGUUUAGUAACCAAGACAAGUUUUGAUUGUGAUUUAAAAGUAUUUUCCUUACAAAACUGGAUAAUACCUAGGAAACAAAGGAAAACAGGGAUAAUAAACCCAAUAUUCAUGUAAAAAUUUAAUAUUUAAAAUACUACCAUAUUUAUAAAUUUGAAAUCUUGGUGCCUAAGUCUAUGGAGGGAAAUGCAUCUGCUUCUCCUAAAUUAGUGAUGAAAGUGCCAGUGGGAACCAUGCGAGUUGCUGGAUAUAAAGCCUGUUCAAAUCAUUAGUAUAUAGUCCUUAAAUUUUAAUUAUACUAUCAAUUAUUAAAUAUUUCCAAUUUUAAGGUAUUUAAAUUGAAUCAAAAUAAAACAUUCCUUUAUCUGGAUCUUAUAGACUUGAUGCCUAGUAACUAAAAUAAUGACUCUUGUUUUAAUACCCUUAGUUUGCUGUCUUAAAUGAGGGUAUCACGAAGUUCUAAAAUGUAUUUUUAGGUUAAUCUUUAACUAGUUUAGUUUCUCAAUUAGUUAGUGUAUAUUUUGUGUAGUUAUGUUCAUUUUUUUUGCUUCUGUAUUUUUUUUAAAAGAGCACUUGAAAGCUUGGCUUUUUCUGUUUUCAUCACUUAGUAUCUUUGUAUUAGAACCUGAAUAAUCCAUUAAUAUGAAAUGUUGGUAUUAUGUGACUCAGAAGAUCUUGGGUUUUAAAGUUUCUAGCAUGAGUUAAACUAUAAUAUAAUGUACUGAUGAAAUUUAAUUGAAAUAUCCUUGACUAGAAACACUGAUGUUUUUGAUGUUAGUGUUUUUUUUCUUAGCUUUAGAAAUCCUGGUAUUAAAAAGAGUGUAAUCACACCACAUAAAUUUCCUUUAGAUGAUGUGCGGGGAAACUGAUUGGGAGUGCAGGAGUGACUGUAGGAGGGACGCUCUGAUCACUGAUAAGCUUUAGAACUGUCAAAUGAAUCACACUGAGGGCAGUCACAUAAGAUAGCCCACCCCACCACAGUCACUGCAUGCAAAGUGGUUAAGUUUGACAUAAAACAUGUUGAAUGUUAUGAAAACAAAUAUUGUACUGAAUUUAGUCUCUCAGGAAAAAAUAAAUUACUU